AAGGGCAGAGGAGGGCAGGGCGAGCCCCUGGGUUUAGGAAUGGCCGCCCAAGGCGGGCGGGACAGCGGGAGAGCCUUGCCCGGGAGCGGGGGUCGCUCCCCGGGGGUGGUGCCUCAGGGCCCCCCCUCAGGCCUGCGCCCCCUGCCCGCCCGCUCCAAGGCCGCUUGUGCUCCCUCAGGGCCGGCGGGUGAGCGGCGGGGGAGCCUCCGUGCUGAACGUGACAUCCUCGAAGCGUUCCCGCUUCCACGAAUGCCUGGCAGAGCUCUGGCCCCCAGUCCCCUAUGAGUUCAUCGCCACAGCGUUCUGCUUCGCCCCAGGCAUUUAGCCCUGAUCACAAGAACAGCAUCAUUAGGAGGCAGAGACAGGAGCUGAAGCUUUUAAUUGCAGAACUGAAAGAUCGUGACAAGGAGCUCAAUGACAUGGUGGAAGUGCACGAGAGACACAUUCAGGCCUGGGAAGAUGAUCGCCAAAAAAUACUGACUUUAGCAGAACGAUGCAGCUUAUUAACUAAUGAGCUCAACGAGAGAAAUGCGCUUAUAAAAUCACUGACCAAAAAGUUAAAGUUAUUAGAAUCCCAACAUAAUGACAGCAAGAUAACACUUGAAAGCACACAACAGAAGUUUAAAGAGCUCACUCAACAAGUAACAGAUUCAUCUGUUCACUGCCAGGCUCUGGAGGAGAAGAAUCAGAGUCUCCACUGCUCAGUUUUGGAACUGUCUGCUAAAGCAGGCCAGCUGCAAGCCAGGGAACAGGAGCUGCUCUCUAUGCUUCAGAGGAAGGACAAAGCCUUGAUUGAAACAACUGAUCAGAUUACUGAAGUUACAUCUAAAUUUAAAGCCCUGGAGAAUGCACUGCGUGCAGCAAAGGAGGAUGGUUUCACUCACAGCAGGGAGCACCAGGACCUCAAGGUGGUACUGAAUGAUGUCAUGUGUCAAAUAAACAAGAUGAAAGCCAUCCUCUCUGAAAAGAUGAAAGAAAGCAGCAAGAACCAGGAAGAAAUCAGUCACCUGAAACAAGAAAAUGGCUGCUUGAGGAGUGAGCUGAUACUGGCAGUGGAAGAAGCCCAGAGAAAGGAUCAACUUUUUCAGUUUGCCAAGUCGAAGCAAGUGCGGAUUGAAAAAGAAUUGUCCAGUUUGCGACAGGUCUGUGUAAAACAGCAGCGGGACUUGCACUUCCUCUAUGUCAACUUUGAUAGCUCUCAGGACUCCAGGCAAAAACAUGAAAAUACAUCGAGUGGAAAGAGUGAAGAAAACAUGGAUCUGAAUUCCCUCCGCUUGGCUUCUCCUUUCUUGGCAUCCUCUGAGAAGAGCAGCACGACUCAAAGUUCUGGAAAAUUCUCUGAUGAAGAUUCCCCUCUGGACAUCAAUGACCUGGCAGUGACUAAACCAACAAAGAGAUACUUCAUGAACACAGACACCAGUUCCCUGUUCUGGAAGCUGGAGCGCUCGUUGGCCCAGUCCCGACAGAUGCUGACUGAUCUGGAGCUCAGCCUUCUCCACACAAGCAUUCCCAACACCAAAACCAUGAAUAAGAGGAAGAAGUUGUUUCCAACACAGAGGUAAUUCUGAGGACUGAAGAUCAUUGACCCAGCAGCUACAAUGGAAAGUUACCUCAUUUUUUUUCCCGUGGUCCUCCUGAGUGUUUGAAAGACUCACAAGUGGCAAGAAGAUGUGACUCUGCAGGAAUGUAUUUUAUCUUGAAAUAAAACACAGAAUUACGCCAAGAUUAACAAAGCUAUUUUUGUAGCUGAGAGCUCAGGUUAAACACUAGCUUGUUUUUUAAGAGUCUGAAGUGUGUAAUUGUUACAACAUAGGAACUAUUUUUCUUUUUCUUGUUUUUUUUUAUGGUGGCUCAGAAAUAUUUAUAGAGUAUGACACAGCCAAGCAUUCUCCUUUUUUUUUUUUUUUUUAGCACAUUGUUUUUGCUCUGGAUUUCUUGCCUUGUAGAGAGAGAUGAAUAAUGUUUAUAGGAAGUUCCCAAUUAGUGUUGUAAGCAGGAACUGCCUCCAAUGUUGCUGAAAUGGGAGAGCUGUCACCCACAAGAUGGGAAGAACAACUUUCCACACUCAGGAGCUGGUUCUUCCAACGAAGGUUUAUAGGAUCAGGUGUGUAUGGCCUCUGUUUGCACUGUGGAGGUAGCCAAGUAUGAUGUGACCCUUUUUUUAGCAUUUAAACUGGAUUCAUGUUUGCUGAUUGGGCAAGAUGUGCUGUUAUCACAACUUGAACUUACUUUUUAACGAAGAGAUCAAGUAAGCUGAUAAAGGUGAUACUUUGCUGUGUCUCUCUUGCCCAUUUAAUACAUUUAGCACUUGCUCUCUGGCAUUUCUCAGCACAGACACGAGUGGGCUGCCCAGUCCUGUGUAGGCUGGGAGCACUUUGGGACACCAGUGCCCCUCCCACAGCCCUGUGCCAGCGUUUUUCCUGCUGGGGGGGAGCCAAGGGUGGGAGUUUCUGCCCCAUCCACUGUAUUGCAGAGAAACACAACACUCUGUGGAUUCCCCUUGUUAACUCUUUCAUUUUCUGCUUUCUCUUUAAUUACUCCAGUGACAGCCUUUCCUGCAGGUAUUAAUGGCCCCAGAAUUAGGUGGCCAGUUCUGAUGAGAGCUGCUGUUCUCCAGACUCUCUCCCUGCCUACUCUCCAGCAUUACCCACAGAGGGAAGCUCAGCUGCCCCAGCUCUUUCCAGGUUUCCUCAAGCCUUUACAGUGCAUUUAUUCCUCUACCUGCACAGAACCUUCCCAGGCUCCAUCCUCAGGAUCUCCUGCUCUGGUAUGACAAGAAUUCCCCCUAAAAAGCCAAUGAUGACAAUGCCAUGAUGCUCACCCUGAAGCUGUCCAGCAGCUACUCAGAGAAAUUGGUGCAACUUCCAAGCAGCAGCUGCGUUUAAAUGGUUUUGAGGUUAUUGGAUGAACUGACUGAGUUUAAACCCCUGGAGAGUUUAAAAUGAUGACUUUAAAAUCAAUAUAGAAAACUGAGCUCAAGUGAGGCAUCGAGGAUCUGCAGAGCCUUAGGAUUUUGUGUUGGGGCUGCCCUGGAUUUGUGGAAUGGGAAGAAGGGAAAUAACUGGGUUAAUUUAUUCAGCACUAAGUGACUUAAAACCCAACUGCAUUAUUGACCACACUCUGGUACUCGAAUGGAAACGUUUCAAACUCGGUGCCUUAAUUCUGGAAGCAGCUCAAAUACUCCAGGGAGCCCUUUGCUAUUGUAUCCUUGGUUUGAAUUAUUAUUUAAAGACAACAAAGCUUCUGUUCAGCCACGGCCUUUCCGCAGGGUGGAUGCGAGCUCCGGUCAUUGACUUCGGUAACGGGAAUUGGUGUUGGAGCCCAGACCGAGCUGCGUGUGUGUGCAGGUGCGGUGGGAGAGGGGUGAACAUGGGCGCUGAGAUGGGACGGUCGUGCUGGAGGUGACCGCCGUUCCUGGUGUUUCCUGAGCUGGGGAAUCACCUCGGUGCCUGCUGACCCGCGGGGGCCGCUAAGGGACGGUUCCCCUCUCCGUGUCCCCUCUCC